AUGAGCCAGGUGGAUGGCGAGCUACUGGACGCGAUGAGGCGCGCCGAGACUGCCGAAGCGGUUGCGGAAGAACUGCAGGAGGAGAAUCAGAGGCUGGGGCGAGAGAAUCUGUCUCUGCGCGCAAAAGUCUCGCGAUUGGACUUGCAGCACGCCAGCCACUGGAAGGACUUGGAGGAUAAGGAUUUCCAGUACCGUGACACGGCUGCCCGGUUGGAUGCUGCCCAAUGCUCGCUCGUGGUGUCAGAGGGUCAAAGGAAGUCUGUGGAGCGGGAGAGACAAGAAGCACAGGAGAGACUUUGGGAAGCAGAGAGGAAGAAUAGGGAGCUCGAGAGAGACGUUGAUAAAUUGAGUGGCUUCCUUGAUCGAUUGGACAUUAGCAUGGACCGGAUGAAUGAUGAUAUGUGA